AUGUUCCCCUCCUUUGUCAGGACUGUUCCUAGUGAUAAGGAACAGUCUAUGGGACUGGCUAAGCUUAUUCUACACUUUGGUUGGACCUGGGUCGGUCUGUUGGCUGUGGACAGUGAAUAUGGCCUACAGGGAAUUCAGCCAAUCAAGGAAGAGAUAAUAAAGACUGGAGCAUGUGUGGCCUUCACUGAAUAUAUCCGUCUAUCUCAACCAGACCGCAACGCCCCCCACAUAGUCAAGGUCAUAAGAGAGUCAUCAGUUACGGUUGUUAUUAUCUUCUCUAUUGACAUUGAUUUGGUUCCUAUCAUGGAUGAGAUGUUGAAACAGAACAUCAAAGGAAAGAUUCUUGUUUCCAAUGCUGGAUGGUCGAUGACUAAUUUGUUCUUGUCUGGAAGAUUUUAUCAGAUUUUAUCAGGGUCCAUCGGUUUAUUGACACACAAUAGAGAGAUUCCAGGAUUCAACAUCUACCUGAACAUGAUACGCCCUUCCUUGAAAGAGUCUUGGGUGAAUUUAUACUGGGAGAACAUUUUCAAUUGUAAGUUUUUGUAUCAGAAAAACACAACUGAUUCUUGGAAUCCCGCGGUGACAGAGUGCACAGGGGCAGAGAGUAUAGACAGCAUCAAGAGUAGAUUCUCCUACACCAGCAGUCUAAUCUUUACUCAUGGUCACUACGCUGCAGCCCACGUGGUGGCCAAAGCUUUGGAAGACCUGAAAAAUUGCAAAUUGAAAGAUGGAAAAUUUCCAUCUAUGAGCUGUAAGGACAUUUUGAAGCUUAAGCCAUGGCAGCUCCUGCACUAUAUAAGGAAUGUGAGGGUCACUCUGAGCAGCGGAAGUGACCUGUAUUUUGAUGACCAUGGAGGUAUUCCUGCCGUCUACGACAUUGUGAACUGGCAGCUGACCCAGGAAGGAACAAUGGAACAGGUCAAGGUCGGCAGAUACGACACUGCAACGUCUUCAGGAGAAUUUCUCAACAUCAACUCAAGUCGGCUGUUGUGGUCUAUGGGGGAGAAAGAGUUUAAAAACCUCCUCAAUAUUGUGUCCUAUCACCAGACACCCCGCUCAGUCUGCAGUGAGAGCUGUCCACCAGGUACCAGGAAGGCGGCCAUAAGAGGACAACCUGUGUGUUGCUUUGAAUGUGUCCCCUGUCUACAAGGAGAAAUAUCUAACCAGACAGAUUCUUUUGAUUGCAUGAAGUGUCCAUGGGACCAGUGGCCAAAUCUCCAGAAAACCAAAUGUCUACAGAAGCCCAUAGAGUACCUGCACUAUGAAGAUCCAUUAGGAGCAGCAUUGGCAGGAACAAGCAUAUUGUCCUCAGCCAGUCCUGUUUUCAUUUUAAUGCUUUUCAUCUACUGUAAGGACACGCCCAUAGUGAAAGCUAACAAUUAUUUCCUAAGCUGCCUUCUGCUGGUGUCCUUAUCUUUGUGCUUCCUCUGCGCUUUAGGUUUCAUUGGGUAUCCUCAACCAGAGAACUGUCUACUACGCCAAGCUGCAUUUGGCCUGGUGUUUACUCUUUGCAUCUCUUGUAUUUUGGCAAAAACUAUCAUGGUGGUCUUUGCUUUCAUGGCCACCAGACCGGGAAGCAGCCUGAGGAGAUGGACCACACCUCAAGUGUCCUACAUGAUAAUUUUUGCUUGUUUCCUUUUACAGUUCCUCUUGUGCAUCACUUGGCUGUCACUCACCCCUCCUUUCCCACAGUACAACACUCACACCAAACCUGGACUCAUCAUUGUUGAAUGUAAUGAGGGCUCCUCCAUUGCCUUCUGGACCGUGCUGGGUUAUCUGUUUCUUCUGGCCACCAUUAGUUUUAGUGUUGCCUUCCUGGCUCGGAGACUCCCUGACAGCUUUAAUGAGGCCCAGUUUAUUACCUUCAGCAUGCUGGCCUUCCUCAGUGUCUGGGUGUCCUUUAUCCCGGCCUCCCUCAGUGCUCAGGGUAAAUACACGGUGGCCAUGGAAAUAUUUGCCAUCUUGGCUUCCAGUUGGGCUCUGGUGAUCUGUAUGUUCCUGCCUAAAUGUUUCAUCAUAGUGUUCAGACCAGACAUGAACUCCAGGGAACAUCUCAUGAGAAGAGAUCAGUCUCAAAGCAAGAUAUAGAAAAAAGCAU